AUGGUCUCGCUAAACGAUGUCGUUAUUGCUGUCCUUGAUGGGAUUCAAGCUGAUGCCUUUGGUGGCGACGAGGUAGAAAGGCUCAAAGUUCGAGCUGCAGCGCGUCGAUUGCUCGCCAGGGUGGAGACACCCUACGAGCGUGCAUGGGGGUUCUGCUUCGAACACCCUAUUGUAUUUUCAGCUCUGCAAACAUGCAUCGAUCUCGGGCUUUGGAAAACAUGGACUAACAUUGGAGGUGGCAAGAAGUCCAUUGAUGACUUGGUCCUUAUGACCACACCAAUUGCCGAGACCAACCUAUUGCCGUUCAAUGUCGUGGAGGAAUCAGGGGUGGAUACAUACAAGCCAACCCCUUUCUCAUUUGCUAUCGGCGAUGAAAGUACCAAGGUCCGGGCCUCUCUUGAAGCAGCUACACACCAAUAUUUCGCGUCAAGUCAGAACCUACCCGGCUAUCUAGCCAAGACCUCUUACAAAGAACCAACAGACAUGAAUGUGAACAACUACUCCGACUCCGAUCCCGAUGGUCUCAAUUUCUUCGGUCGACUUGGAAAAAGUCCCGAGUGCUUGGAGGCCUUCACUGGACACAUGGAAGCCUGGACAGCAUGGAAGACCCCUUGGACCGAAGUAUACGAUACUUCCAAGCUUCUGGAGGGCGCAAAACUCGAUGGAAAUUCCCCAUUCGUAGUUGAUGUUGGUGGAAAUACGGGUAUCGACAUUACCCACGUUCUAAAUAAACAUCCCGAGCUGCCAGCAGGUGCUCUCGUCUUACAGGAUCUCCCAGAGGUGAUUUCCAACGCGAAAGUUGAUUCGAAUAUCACGGCUAUGGUUCAUGACUUCUUUCUUCCACAGCCUGUUAAAGGAAGCCGUGCUUAUUUCAUGCACGCUGUACUUCAUGACUGGCCCGAUGAUAAAUCCAAGCAAUUACUGGAGAAUACCAGAGAUGCAAUGGUGAAAGGCUACUCUAAGCUAUUCAUAUACGAUAUCGUUCUCCCACCUCAGGGCGCAAGUAUCAGUCAAACCACGAUGGAUGUGCAGAUGCUCGCGCUACUGUCUGCUGCGGAACGAACUGAAGGUGCUUGGAAGCAGUUAUUAGCCGAUUCCGGACUGAGAAUUUGCAAGUUCUGGCCUGAUCCACAACAAUAUGAAAUGGUGAUCGAAGCAGAGAUUGCUUGA